AGGCAUGGAGUUUGAUUCAAUGCAGCUUCCUGAUUGUUUAACUGCAAACCACCAUGAGCUUCAACAACCUAUUAAUACACUACAGGAGAAGUGGAAGCUUUUGCCUGCCUUUCUAAAGGUAAAGGGCCUUGUAAAACAACACAUAGACUCUUUUAACUAUUUCAUCAACACCGAAAUAAAAAAGAUCAUGAAAGCAAAUCAGUUAGUUACUAGUGAUACUGACCCCCAGUUCUAUUUAAGAUAUUUGAACAUUUCAGUAGGUAAGCCAGAUGUCGAAGAGUCGUUUAAUGUCACGAAGGCCAUAGCUCCACAUGAAUGCCGCCUACGGGAUAUGACUUAUUCAGCUCCCAUUGUGGUUGACAUUGAGUACAGUCGCGGAAACCAGAGAGUCAUUCGCAAAGGCCUUCCUAUUGGAAGAAUGCCUAUCAUGUUACGUAGUGCCAACUGUAUUUUGUCUGGUAAAAGCGAUUCAGAAAUGGCCAAAUUUAAUGAAUGUCCACUUGAUCCUGGUGGUUAUUUCGUAGUACGUGGUUCCGAAAAGGUUUUUCUAAUACAGGAACAAUUGUCUAAGAAUCGAAUGAUAGUUGAUGUUACUAGAAAAGGGGGAGUAGAGUGUUCUGUCACUAGUUCAACUCAUGAGCGAAAAAGUCGUACCAAUGUUAUGAUUCGGGGCGGAAAGUACUAUUUGAAGCACAAUUCGUUUAGUGAUGAAAUUCCUAUUGUUUGCGUUUUCAAGGGAAUGGGAAUUAUUUCAGACCAAGAGAUUAUUCAGCUUGUUGGAAGUGAGGAUAUCAUCCUUGCAGCUUUUGCCCCAUCUUUAGAAGAAUGUGCUAGUAUUAAAGUUUUCACACAAAUGCAAGCACUUGAGUACCUUGGAAGUAAAAUACGUGUAAGUCGUAACUGGGGGAGACCAAGGCCACGUAAUGAUGAAGCUUAUGAUGUACUAACAAAUGUUGUGCUUGCUCAUGUUCCUGUUCACAACCACAGCUUUCGUAUGAAAAGCAUCUAUCUAGCCCUGAUGGUGAGAAGAGUGAUUUUAGCCCAGAAGGAAAAAGGUGGGAUUGAUGAUCGAGAUUACUAUGGCAACAAAAGACUUGAACUUGCGGGAGAGUUACUUUCUUUGCUGUUUGAAGAUCUUUUUAAGAAAUUUAAUUCUGAGCUUAAACGAAUAGCUGAUCAUACCAUUCCAAGGCAGAGGGCCACUCAGUUUGAUAUUGUACGGCACAUGCGUCAAGAUCAAAUUACAAAUGGUUUAGUUAAUGCUAUAUCAUCUGGUAAUUGGUCUGUCAAACGAUUUAAGAUGGACCGGGCUGGAGUGACCCAAGUGCUCUCACGGCUCUCUUAUAUCUCCAUUCUUGGGCAUAUGACUCGUAUAGCAAGUCAGUUUGAGAAGACCCGAAAGGUUAGUGGUCCUCGGUCUUUGCAGCCAUCUCAAUGGGGAAUGCUCUGCCCGUCAGACACCCCAGAAGGAGAAGCAUGCGGUCUUGUGAAGAACCUGGCCCUAAUGACCCAUAUCACCACAGACCAAGAGGAAAAGCCAAUUCACAGGCUCUCUUUUAACCUUGGAGUAGAGGAUGUCCAAUACCUCUCAGGCGAAGAGCUAUGCUCACCAUCUGUUUAUUUAGUAUUCUUGAAUGGCAAUAUGCUGGGUGUCAUACAAGAUCAUGAGCAUUUCAUUUAUAUGUUUAAGGUGAUGCGACGUGCAGGAAGGAUAAGUGAAUUUAUAUCAAUAUACCCCAACCAUCAUCAACGGUGUGUAUUUAUUGCUUCAGAUGGAGGAAGGGUCUGUCGCCCCUAUGUUGUUGUGAAGGAUAGUAUCCCACAAGUGACGAAUAAACAUAUCAGAAUGCUCUCAGAUGGAAAACUUGAGUUCCAGUCAUUUUUAAAACUUGGCUUAGUAGAAUACCUGGAUGUAAAUGAAGAAAAUGAUUCUAAUAUUGCCCUUUAUGAGUCAGACAUCAAUCCUGCUACCACUCACCUGGAGAUAGAGCCGUUUACCAUUCUUGGAGUGUGUGCUGGCUUAGUGCCAUACCCACACCAUAACCAGUCCCCAAGAAACACAUAUCAGUGUGCCAUGGGUAAACAGGCAAUGGGAAUAAUUGCAUAUAACCAGCUCAACCGUAUCGAUACAAUUCUUUAUUCCUUGGUAUAUCCCCAAAUUCCAAUGGUUAGGACUAAAACAAUAGACAUCAUCAAUUUCGAUAAGUUGCCUGCCGGCCAAAAUACAUCAGUGGCAGUUAUGAGCUAUAGUGGGUAUGAUAUCGAGGAUGCUCUUAUCAUGAAUAGAGCCUCUCUUGAUAGAGGUUAUGGAAGGUGUAUUGUGUACAAGAAGCAGGUCUGUUCUCUGAAACGCUAUGCCAAUCAAACAUUUGAUCGUAUUCUUGGUCCAUCUUAUGAUUCAAAAACUGCCAAGCCUAUAUGGAAGCAUGCAGUGUUAGAUCAGGAUGGAAUCUGCAGCCCUGGAGAGAGAGUUUUGAAUCGCCAAGUUCUUGUAAACAAGUCUGUUCCUCUUGUCACUCAAACAUUGCAACAAACGCAAGGACGAGGAGCCUCACCACCAAGUUACAAGGAUACUCCAAUGUCGUUCAAAGGUUCUACUGAUGCGUAUUUAGAACGUGUGCUUAUUACUUCAAACUCUGAAGAGUCAUACUUAAUCAAAGUUCUUUUGCGCUUUACACGUCGACCAGAACUAGGAGAUAAAUUUAGCAGUCGCCAUGGACAAAAAGGUGUGUGUGGCAUGAUAUUUGGCCAGGAAGACAUGCCAUUUAAUGAUCUUGGUAUCUGUCCCGAUAUUAUCAUGAAUCCCCAUGGUUUUCCAUCACGGAUGACAGUAGGCAAACUGAUUGAGCUGAUAGCUGGCAAAGCAGGUGUUCUUAAAGGAAAAUUCCACUAUGGUACAGCAUUUGGUGGGGAUCGUGUUGUUGAUAUUAGUGCUGAUCUGAUUAAGCAUGGCUUCAAUUAUGCCGGCAAAGAUUACUUAACAUCUGGAAUUACUGGAGAACCUUUGACUGCUUAUAUAUUUUUUGGACCAGUGUUUUACCAAAAACUGAAGCACAUGGUGCUUGAUAAAAUGCAUGCACGCUCGAAAGGUCCAAGGGCAGUGCUGACUCGACAACCUACUGAAGGACGCUCUAGGGAUGGAGGCUUACGGUUGGGGGAAAUGGAGCGAGACUGCCUCAUUGGAUAUGGUGCCAGUAUGUUGUUGCUGGAAAGGCUGAUGAUAUCAAGUGACAUUUUUGAAGUAGAUGUAUGUGAUGGCUGUGGAUUACUGGGAUACUCUGGCUGGUGUAACUUCUGCAAGUCAUCUGGCCAUAUCUCAUCCUUGAAGAUACCAUAUGCCUGCAAACUACUCUUCCAAGAAUUGCAGUCUAUGAAUAUUGUUCCACGUCUCUCUCUGACUGAUACUAUUGGAUAAAAACAUUUUAUCACCUCUGCAUAAUAUUAUAGCACUUCUGAGUAUUAUUAUGUGGGUAUGAGUUGGCAUGUGUAUUUCCCUUUGUUUGUAAUGUAUGCUCGCUGUAGGAUGAGUGUUAAUCGCACCCAUGGGCAUUCGUUCUUUGCCGUUGCCUUCUGACCUUGAUUAUGCACGUUCUCUAUCUGCAGCAAACAGGGGCAUCUCACCAGAAUUAAAAGCCCAAAC